CCUUCUGGGCCACCUCCCAGAGUCUCGCCCUGCACCAAGCAGUGCUUAGGGAAAUUUGGCCAGAGCAGAUGGCUCCGUUUCAGAGGCUUAGAACUUGUCCUCUGCUGGUUUGGUGGCAACCCCUGACUGGGCUCCUCUGGCACCUCAGCUACCGCUGAGGACAACAACUACUAGUCAUAUUAGCAGCUUCGAGCUUUGAAGAGAUGUUACUGGGGAUGAAUUUGAUCAAAGGGAGAUGGGGAGUUGGAGAUGGCCAGAGGCUUUGCAGUCAGGGGUGUGCAGGAAGAGCAAACUCUGGGUGGAAGUUCCGUGGCUGAUGGUUGCGAUAGAGUUGGAAAGGACAGUCACUUGCUCGCUUCAGGAGGGAGGGAUGUGUUGGGAGCAUUGAGUUUUCCUAUCCUGUUUUCUUGGUCAGAGACUAUGGGGAUGGCAGACGUCCAGAUGUGAGAUGGGCUGAUGUGGUGCAGGUGUUAGCACAAUGGGCAUAGCAACUUUUGGGGAAGGCAACAGAGGCCUUAACUGCUCAAGGCAAUUGGACUUCUACAUGGGGAAAUACGUGGUGGUGACAGACCAUCUGUGUUGCUUCUUCUGCUGGGCAUCCAAACUGGAAGACACAUCUCCCAGGUCCCCUCUCCAUCCUGCUGGCUGGACUGUGCUGGCGAUGAGCACCACAACCAGCAGCCCCCCAUUAUUCCAAAGGGACAGGGCUCUGCAGGGUCCCCUCAGCUGAAUGAAGAGCGCUUCAUUAUGGCACCUACAAAGCAGCUGGCAGGUUUAACUGGAACAGUUAACCCACAAGGAAUGAAUGGGACCAGCAGUGCCAAAGAAGUGGUUCCACUCAGCUGGUGAGCCAUUAGGGUCUCCGCCCAGGAGCUGGUCUCGUGUUCAUCACCUAUUCACCCCUAAAGGCUCCGAGAUGGGGGCUCACUGAAAUGGGAAUGCUGAUUCCAUAUGGAGCCCAAAGACGCCCACAUGAAUUUCAGGGGGAAGCAAAAACAGCAAGAGCUUUAUGCCUUUAGAUAUGUGCAUGGAAGCAUAGAGCCAUUUGUGGAUGCGAGAGGCCUUGGGCACAGAGAGUGGAAACUUGAGCUUAAAAGUCAAGCAGAAGUAGAAGUGAAUGCUGGGCACUUCCUAGGGAAGAAGUUGGGAUGGCCUAGGAUUUGGGGAGGAGAGAGAGGUCAGCCAAAAGGUAGCACAGAAAAGUAGUUCAUACAAAGAUUGGCUUGUUGCAAGGGGCGGGGGGGGCAUUCUCCUCAGACCCUUUUCCUGGGCUUGGCACAUGUUUCCAACAAUAGUGACCCACAACUCGUAAUGCUGCUACUGCUCUGUCCCCAAGGAAGUUGGCAACCUCUAGGCCUGCCAGCUGCCUGGGCAGGGGACCAUUUCUCUUUGCUCCCCAGAAGCCCCUCCUGGGGAGCAAAUAAUGCUCUCCUUAUUUCACAGCCAGUUUAGUGGGGCAGCAGAUAGAGUGGGCAAGGGGGGGGGCAGCUGCUAAGGGCUGCCACAAACUCUGCAUUGUGAUAUGAUCCAGGAUGAGCAACUUAUCAAAACGUGGGGCGCUCUUUUGCAUAAGCCAGUUAUGGGCCCCAAAGAGUGGCUGAAAGUCAGGGAAUGCUGGCUGAUCCGAUUGAGAGAAUGGAUUCGCAUUCACAUCAUAUCCUAAGCCAGAUCAUCUUUUCUGAUUGGCAAGCUAUGAUUUGUCGCUUAGUGUGCAUUACGAGGGUCACCAACAUGCAUUUCUGUAUGUGAAUGCAGAAAACAGUGAGGCUGCUGGAGCAGAGAAGCAGACCCCAGUCCCCUCUCUUCUGGGGCCUCUUUCCUCCCCAGCCUUUGCAUUUUCCCUUCAAGAACUCUCAUGAAGGGGCUGCUGGCUUCCUCCAGGGAUGCCCACCUGAAGCUGCACAGCUCUUCCAGGCACCAGGAAGGAAGAUGCCUGGGGUCUGCAAAACCCACCAGCCAAAAUGUGCUGGUGCUGACACAUCCAUGUGUAUUCAAGUGGUACCAAUAAAAACAGCACGUGUGCUGCUUUGACUCUGCAUAGUGUGCAGGUUCCCAUGUAGACAACAACACCUGGGAAGACCAGGUUUUCAAGAGCCCCGAUUUGAAAACAAACCUUUAAGAUUACAACUUUGCUGACAACACAGUGGAGCUCAAUCAGCAGGUCCUGUUCAGCCGUUUAGCAAUGGGGGAUGUUAAACGCUUCCUGGGCGACAUAGGUGUUCCCUCUGUGCCCCUCUGAGCUCUUUUUGCCCUUUCAGAGUCUCAUUUUCCAUCCUUGGAAGGAAUAGGGACCUACCUGAGACAGGGACUCCCCCACUCCACCUCCCACUGAGGGAAUAGCUUCCUUUUAGGCAACCUAGUUGUAGGGUCCUCGACAAAGAUGAUGGGACUGCUGCCCCCUUAAUAGCCUGAGCAGUGUGGGGGCGGAAGGGAAUCCCUUCUGGUUCCCAGGCUAUGGAGCGAGUGAGCACAAGGCAGCCAUGUGCUGCAUGCCCCGCCCAGGCCAUGUGCUGGCGUGCCAGUAAGCCUAGAACUGGGAGUUCUGCCAAGGCCUCCAUCAAAGGGAGUGGCCGCCAAGCAGCUGGAAAUGGAGCCUGCCAACAAGUCCUCACUCUGAGACAAGCAGAGAAAGACAGCCUGGUUUGAUAGAGGUUGGCACAGGCACUGUUUCCCCAGGAAAGCCACCUCACCCUCCCAUCUCCCUGGAGCUGCUGUCUUCCCCAGCCACUGGCUGGAUCCUGAGCAGCAUUCCCCUUUACUGCCAGAGGGCAUCCAGCACAGAUGCCCACCACGGAGGGGAUCUGCCCUGCAGAGAACUCUGUGCACAUCGCCAAGCACAGGCCUUGCUCUGUUCAGCUGCCCCCACAAGUCCUCUUGCUACCUGCAGGGAAGACCCCCUUUUGGGGAGCAGCACUAGUGGAAAAGGGAACUGGGAAAGACGCAACGGUCCCGAUCCCAGCAGGAGAGUUCAGAGCACUCUGGCAGGGCAAAGCCUCUCUCGCAGUGCCAAGGAAAAGGGCGAGCGCAGAUCCGAGGCAAGAGUGGCCUGCCGAGGGGGCUCCCUUCCCCUUUCCACCUGCCCACUGCUGCUUCCUGGGCCAGAGGGAGGCCGUGAGUGAGAGGACAAGGUUUUGGAGCCCCCCAGAGCCAGGGGGAACGCUCUCUUCCUAUAGGGAGAGGCGGGAGGGCGCGCACAGGGAGCGGCCGCUAGAGGUCCCCCUCACGCGGUCAGAGAGCCGCUGCUUGGCUCACCUCCAGCCUCGCCAAGUCGCAGCAACAACAACAUGUUUGGGUGGCUUCUUACAUAACUGCCAACCUCGACCUAGUUCCGCGCUGCGCUUGGGCAAUACUUUCCGUCUCUGGCUCGGCCUCCAUUUUUGCAACACCUUCACUAGUAGCCAAGGCGGGUUAAAGCGGGGCAGUGGUUGCCAGGGAUUUGCAAGAGGUCGAACGUGGGAAUCCGGGGGAUGAGGAGGCGGCAAGUUGCCCUGCGGAUAAACGGGGCUUCAGUUUGCUGGAGGCAUUGUCCCGUAUGUCUCCUGCAGCGCCGGAACUUGCCUCCGAGUCCCCAGCGCGAGGAGGGAUCGGAUGAAGCUCUCCUGCGAAGGAAGCUAUCCGCUUUCACGACCGGCGUCCUGGACAAAGGACCAGCGGGUCCCGGUCUGGAGCUUCCGCUAACGUCGCGGGGAGCCCAGUGCCAGCAGGGUCUUCAACCUGGUGCCCUUCAGAUGCUUUGACCCCACUUCCGCAAUUUGUAGCCGCCCCCACUACGCCUUCGGCCCCGGGACUGCAGCUCCCUCGCGGCUGAUGCAGCUGGAAAGAGCUGCGCGUCUCGCCUGAGGCUCGCAAACGCGGGGCGCGGCUCGACCGGCUAGAUGGCACCGACACCUCCGGGCGCAGCUGCGCGCGGUCCGGCAGGGGGCGUGGCCUCAUUUGCAUAGCACGCUGAGACCAUGUGACGUCUCGAGAGCUUCCCUAUAUAAGGCGGGCGGGCGCCGAAAUAGCCCAGCUCUCUCCUGUGGCGGCGGUGUGUUCCUUUUUGUGUCGGGCUCUCCGUGCGUUCGGCCCAGCCAUGAGUACAGGCGUGUACCCGCUCCCGAUGGAGGUGGCUGUCUACCAGCUGCACAACUUCUCCAUCUCUUUCUUCUCCUCCUUACUGGGGGGAGACGUGGUCUCGGUCAAGCUAGACAACAGCGCGUCCGGGGCCAGCGUGGUCGCCAUCGACAACAAGAUCGAGCAGGCCAUGGAUCUGGUCAAGAAUCACCUGAUGUACGCGGUGCGGGAGGAGGUGGAGGUACUCAAGGAGCAGAUCAAGGAGCUGGCGGAGAAGAACUCCCGCCUGGAGCGGGAGAACAACUUGCUGAAGAACCUGGCCAGCCCCGAGCAGCUGCAGAAGUUCCGCUCCCAUCUGCCCCUGGAGGCUCCAGCGGCCCCCGAGAAGAAGAGCCAAGGGGCAGCUGCCCCAGCCCAACACAGGGCGGGCUCUGCGGUGUAAGGUGGCUCUGUCCAUGGGGUGGGCAGAGCCACGGAACUGUUUCAACUUGAUCUCCAAGCGCACGUGGUUUCCUUGCAUCUCCUUUGGAGGACUCCAGAGGGGGCCUGAUGGGGCCCUUCACCUGCGGCCCCUUCCAUGGGUUGGCUAGAGACUCUCCUGAGAAAAAGGAGCAAGGCUGCAUUGGAGUUGCUAUGGGCAUACGGCUGCUCCGCCUGCAGGAGACCCGGGUUUGCCUCCCCACCAGCACCCCUAGAGAAGAGACUGUGCUAAAGGUGUGGGCAAAGGUUUAGAAGAAUCCAAUUGGAGAUUUUCUUCAAGCAGCUCAGAGAAAAGGCAGCCCCCACAUCUCCUGGGAUAGGAACAGGAGCAGCUGGUGUGCUGGCAAGGCUUCACCCUUGCAUCUCACUAGCCCUCACGCCAAGAUCCAGACUUCUGUGCUGCACCCACCUGUUUCAGACUUGGACAAGUGGGGAGCUGCCAAGAUGCAGACUAGAAUGAUGACUGUAGGCCAGAGGGGAGGGGCUUCUCCUGCUUUGGUUUGUCCGCUGACUUUUGUAUACUGACAACAGCCUCCCCUGUGGGGAGGACUUUAUCGAUGUUCCCUGCAGCCCCUGGAUCUGUUGAUGGGGACCAAAGAGGAGGUGGCUAAGGGGCUCUCACACACCCCCUGGGGGGGAAGCUUGCUUAUGUAGUGCACUCUGAGGAUGGGUGCAUAGUGAGAUAAUGCAAUAAAUUUUGUUGUACA